AUGAAACUAACGGGUUUCCCAGCUAAAUGCCUUUCUCACUGGCAUGGUAGAAAUUGAAUUGGUUUUGCCACAUAAAAUCUGUCAAAACGGUCCAAUGAAAAUCCCUUCAGUAUCUAGGGGUUUGUGCAAGUCGCUCUACAUGUGACAUAAUCGAUUCAGUUAAAGAAAGAGCUUUUGAUUAGAGGUAAAAAGGCUUUUACACGAAUAUUCAACGACACGUCUUAUCCCCUUCAAAAAUUACUCCCUUCAAGAUGAAAGCUUCUUGAAGUUUUAUAGGUGGAAUACUUUAUGAUACAGUUAAAUAUAAAGGCAGUUCUUAGCUAUAUAUCUCGUCACUAUUUUCCUUCAAACACGACUUAGAGAGGUGUAACAGUACAAAACAUUAUACAGAAAGAUUUUUGCUGGCUAUUUUGCCUUCUGUGGCUCCUUCAAACGGUAGAAUCCGAGACAACACAAAGCCAGAAUAACCUACCUUCAAAGAAAUUUUCUUGCAACAUAAACAACUAUUACAGCUUUCACGCUGGACCCAAAAAAUAAUCCAAGAGAGAAGAAACAAGGGAAAAAGGUUGGUUGGUGGUAACAGUUCAGGUUUGAAUGUCGUCACUUCUUUAAAAUAUACAUAAUUGCUAGGCUGCUGAGUGAUUAACAUUCUAGCCUUAUUUAUGCCAUUUUUUUCGAACCUGGUUUGAAUUUCCGCAUAAACUUCAGUCAAUAAGAAAAGGGAGAAAGAGUUAAAGUGUAAACAUACGUUUAUGAGCCAUGUAGCUCUUUUAAUUGGUGAUUAAAAAAUAUGUAAAUCCAUAACUACAGGCGUAAAUAUUAGGCAAUAUAUAAUAACAUAAGAUACACACGGAGUAGCAAAGAUAUCCUGUUGUACCCUCAUCAUAAACCUUAUUUUUUCAUUUGUGCACUGAUACCCAUCGUCGAUCCCUCCUCAUUGAUCCAUUGCCUCAAAAUUCAGUUUCUUCAAAAUAAUAAAUAUUCUUUUAUCAAGUUCUAGAUCCUGUCGCCUUCUUCCCCCUCAAUGCUGCGUACGGUACCAAGGAGAUUAACAACCGAACGGUUAAUGGGAUUCUGGGUGCGGUUACUCUUGCUCCAGGGCCCGAUGGAAGACCUAACUACUCUUAUAAAUUUUCCGGAAGCUCCAACAGCUACAUCGAGUUUCGCAACAGGAUUGGAGGACCUUUGGAUGUGCGUUAUUCGAUGACUAUGCUGUGCUCCCACAUGAAACUACCGGUUCUACCUGGAGACAAGUUGAUGUCCUGA